AUGGCGCCCCCAUCUACUGAAAGCGCAUCUCCGAUUGGAAUCGCAAACCUUCCUAAUCAGCGUCACAAAAUCGUCGCCAAACGUGGAGCUGCUUUCACUCUUAUGGUCGCCGGCGAGUCUGGUCUUGGAAAAUCAACAUGGAUUAACACAGCACAUCACAAGCGGAGACACGCGAAGCAAGUGGACAAGACCGUCGAGAUUGAGAUUACAAAGGCUGAGCUCGAAGAGAAGUUCUUCAAAGUCCGUUUGACCGUUAUCGACACUCCAGGCUUUGGUGACUACGUUAACAAUCGCGACUCUUGGAUGCCUAUUAUCGAAUUCCUAGAUGACCAGCAUGAGUCCUACAUGUUGCAAGAGCAACAACCCCGCCGUGUCGAUAAGAUUGAUCUCCGAGUUCACGCAUGCCUAUACUUCAUCAGACCGACCGGACACACCCUGAAGCCGUUAGACAUUGAGGUUAUGAAGAGAUUGAGCUCCAGAGUCAACUUGAUCCCUGUUGUCGCAAAAGCGGAUACGCUUAGCCCUAUUGACUUGGCCCGCUUCAAGCAAAGAAUCCGCGCUGUUAUUGAAGCACAAGGAAUCAAGAUUUACACACCUCCCAUCGAAGAGGACGAUGAAGCCGCCGCCCAACACGCCCGUAGUCUCAUGGCCGCUAUGCCUUUCGCUGUCAUCGGCUCCGAGAAAGACGUCAAGACCUCCGACGGCCGUAUCGUCAAAGGCCGCCAAUACUCUUGGGGAGUCGCCGAAGUUGAGAACGAGGACCACUGUGACUUCAAGAAGCUGCGCUCGAUUCUCAUCCGCACGCAUAUGCUGGACCUAAUCCACACCACCGAGGAAGCCCACUACGAAGCCUACCGGGCCCAGCAGAUGGAGACGCGCAAGUUCGGCGAGGCCCGCCCCCGCAAGCUCGACAACCCGAAGUUCAAGGAGGAGGAGGAGAGCCUGCGCAAGCGCUUCACGGAGCAGGUCAAGAUCGAGGAGCACCGCUUCAGACAGUGGGAGCAGAAGCUGAUCAGUGAGCGUGAUCGCCUGAAUAAGGAUUUGGAGAGUACGCACGCGGCGAUCAAGUCGUUGGAGGGCGAGCUGGAGCAGAUGCAGGGAAGCGCUGUUCGAUCCCACGGUCGAAGGCGUCGGUGCCGUAUCCCUCCAGACUAUGCACCUCCAACUGGCCGGCCCAGUACUCGGCGUAGACCCUGCUUAGCGGCAGGCCCAUGCCCAGGCGCAGGUUUGGAGGGCGGCUGCUUAAUGAGCUUAGGGAAUUAUCAUGGCCAGAUAUGGGUCGAGGGGGCUCUUCCGUUUUCUGCUGUUUGGUUUGGGAGGGUGGAGCAGAGGAAGGGGGAGGAGGAAAAGAAGAAGAAGAAGAGGAAGAAGAAGAAGAAGAGAGGGGAGGUUCCGACGAGACGCGCAGCUCCUGCAGCGUCGCCGCCAUCUUCGGCACGCCUUUCAGGUUCUCCAGCCGCUGCGACGACCGCGGCCCUUUACUGA